AUGAAUUCUGACUCCAGCUCUGUCUCCAGCAGAGCUUCCUCGCCAGACAUGGAUGAGAUGUACCUGAGAGACCACCACCACCACCACCACCAUCACCACCACCAGGACAGCCGGCUCAACUCCGUCUCCUCCACCCAGAACGACCUGGUGCAGAAGAUGUCCGGGGAAGGCCUCUCCAGGAACGGCUCCAAGGCCGGAGGGGAAGGCAGCAAGUACAAAAUCAAGAAGCAGCUCUCGGAGCAGGACCUGCAGCAGCUGCGGCUGAAGAUCAACGGCCGGGAGCGCAAGAGGAUGCACGACCUCAACCUCGCCAUGGACGGCUUGCGGGAGGUGAUGCCCUAUGCCCACGGACCCUCCGUGAGAAAACUCUCCAAAAUCGCCACCCUCCUGCUAGCCAGAAACUAUAUCCUGAUGCUCACCAGCUCCCUGGAGGAGAUGAAGAGGCUGGUGGGGGAAAUCUACGGGGGGCACCACUCGGCCUUCCACUGCGGCACGGUGGGACACUCCGCCGGGCACCCGCCCCACGCCGCCGGCAGCGUGCACCAGGUGCACCCCAUCCUCGGCAGUGCCUUGUCCUCCGCCAACACCUCCUCCUCCCUCUCUGCCUCCCUGCCGGCCAUCGGCACCAUCCGGCCCCCCCACUCCCUGCUCAAGACCCCCUCGACCCCCCCCGCCCUGCAGCUCGGCAGCGGCUUCCAGCACUGGGCGGGCUUGCCGUGCCCCUGCACCAUCUGCCAGAUGCCCCCCCCGCCCCACCUCUCGGCCCUCACCGCCUCCAACAUGGCCCGGAUCUCGGGGGAGACCAAGGACCUCCUGAAGUGA